AUUAAUUUACCGGUAAUUUAGUUUUAAAAACAUUUUUCUUUUAUUUGGAAACCUUCAUUUACUUACAGAAUGCAUGCACGUUGGGGUUAACGCUGCAUGCAUGUUUACUCAAUGCAGACACAUCAUACAAUACAAAAAUCUUCAUCUUUAUAUUAUGAACAUGCAUAUACAUUCAUAUACACACACAACAGACAAUUGUUUACACAGGUCACGGGGCGAUGUGUUUAAUUGUGAUGUAAAAGAAGUUCAACUUUAUUGAGCCUAUGCAGGAAAACGUUGCAAUGGACCACCACAGAUCCCACAAUCCCAAAUCCAGCUACCAUAACCACCAGACAGCAUACAGAAGAGAAAGAGAUGACAGUGGAAGAAAUCAGUGUGAGAUUAAACGCUCCACACCAAACUACCACCACCAGCAUCAGUCUGGAUCAACUCCCUGGCGAAACCCACUCAGAUCUCAGGGUUUGAGCACCAGAAGGGAGCUUUAUGAAAGAGACUUUCCUGUGUACAAACAGCCUGUCGAAGUUGGAUGUUUCUCCCUUGACUCUGAGCGUAGAUUCUUCAAUGACAGCAGACAGAUGAGAUACUAUGUGGAACCUGACAGAAAUCCUAAUUUUGACCUGAAGGAUGGAUACAAGGACCGCUUUGUUAAGAGAGAUGAUAGUGAGAAGGAGAAGCUGGACCACAUUCUGCGCUGGAUUGUAGCCAAUAGAUCAAAGCUUGACUCAAGGGAGACCACGGCCUCGUCACGCGCUUUAGAUGUCGACUUUGUGACAUGGCGGGGUCACCUGACCAAGCUGCUUACCACUCCCUAUGAGACACGGGACAGCUGGUUACUGGCGGUCACCAGGUUUAGAGGCACGCUUUACAUCAGUGAAGUGGAAACAGAAGCUGCUCGCAGAGAUCGAGAGAACCGCACUGAGAGGAAUGCAGAGAUGAUGUACUGGGGGUACAAGUUUGAGCAAUACACAUGUGCAGAUGAUAUCCACAGUUUACCUGACCCGAGUGGAGUGGUCAACACUAAUGAGGCCUUCUGCACUGUGGUGCAGACUCGGCUUGCAGAUCACAGACUUCUGUUCUCCGGAGAAGUGGACUGUCGGGAUAAAGAUCCUGCCGCUCCAGCUCCUCCUGCCUGCUAUGUCGAGCUGAAGACCUCUGCAGAGAUCUGCACCCCAAAACAGCGCAGCAACCUCCACAGGUUCAAACUGCUGAAGUGGUGGGCUCAGUCUUUCCUCCCUGGAGUCCCUCGCAUUGUAGCAGGUUUCCGGGAUCAUGAAGGAGUGGUUGUUUCUGUGGAGACUUUUCACAUAUCAAAGAUUUCACAUCUCAUCAAGAAUGAAUACAACUGCUGGAAGCCAACAGUCUGUAUGAACUUCUGCUCUGAUUUCUUGUCCUUUGUGAAGCAUGUGGCUACUGAAGACAAUCCCAGUGUGGUGUACCUGUUCUCCUGGGAGCCCCACAGAGAUGUGACCUUCUCCAUCCACAGGGACUCCCAGUAUUCAUUCCUGCCACACUGGUUCAUCCAGGAGAUGACCAGCAGUCGAGACUCAAACCAACAGUCCUGAUUUACAAUAUCUGGUAAACUAGUGCUGUUGAUAUACUGUAUGUGACCUCCAAUGGAGGGUUUUUUACCAAAAUGCUUUGGCAUUUCAUUUGAGGACAACUUGUAUAACUUGCAAAGUGUCACUGAGCACUACUCCAUGAUCCUUUGGAGGGAUGUUUAUUUUAUUUUUAUUUGUUCAUCAUUAGAAACUGAGCCAUGUUUGUUUUUAUGUGGUAUCUGUUAUUUUUAAUAAAAUAAUUACAGGAUAGUGUCAAUAUUGUUCCUCAAACUUUAUUAUUAAGUUUUUAAAUCCCCAAAACAGUGGUAUUUUAAUUUAAACAUAAUUAGAAAAGAAUUUAUAAAAAAAUUGUGAUGUAAAUAAAUGAAGAAGACUUCAAGUAAGCAUUGCAUCAGCAGUUACAAAAUAUUUUCAUGUAAACUGUUAAAAGAAAACAUUGCAGUGACAUGAAGUCCAUUUUGAGAUAGAAAACAAGAUGCCACCGGAAAAACGCAUUGAAAACAAUUACGAGGAAGUUAUUAAUAUCCAUCCAUGGUGUAAAUUAGUAACAGUUGUUUAAAUGUGUCAUUGGCGUUGCUGUUUUUUUUUUACUCACAGUGACACUUUCACCAGAUUUGGACUUGUUCACGGUUAAAUAAAGCUUGUUUCAUCA